AUGUCGGGCAUUAGCGCUCCUCCGCCGCGGCCGAAGCUGAAGCUCAGCGUGAGUCGCGCUGCUUCCUUCAGCGAUGCCAACGCGACAAAAGCGCCUCAGUCAGCCGCUACGCCACUCGCGACACCAAAGAUCAGACUCAAGGCGUCACAACCUCCGACGCCGGCCUCUGCGGCACCCAAACCAACAAACGCGAAGACGAAAGCGGGCCGCCAGACCAAGCCAACGAACAAACUGAUCGAGUCAAAAAAGAGGGAGCAAUACGAGAUCGACGAUGAGGAUGACCCCAUUACUGGGCAGCCGGCGAAGAGGAUCAAGCUUCUCAAGACACCCAACUCCGCCUUGCCGCGCACGAGCAGUGGCCUCAUCCUUAAGUCGAGGGGCAAGCCCCCGAACCACCCGCCUGGCGAUGGCUACGAUUCGGAAGCGAGCGACCGCGAGAUAGAUCCGACCAUCGAAGAGCAAUUUGUCUUGCGCAUGCUGCCUGGAGAGCACUGCGAUUACAUCCGAAGAUGUAUGGAGGAGGGCAAGAUUGGCAUGCCCCGAUCGCAGGGCGGCGCAGACCUCGCGAUCAAGUGGCUUGAAGACGAGGCACGGCGUGCUGUCGUGCAAGUUAAGGGUCAGCUGUACGCCGCUGUCAUGCUCGAGCUGCCUACAAUCACAGAGGGUAUGAAGACUUGGGAUCGCAAGACCUUCAUGAAGUCUGCCGAUAUCUGCAACAUGCUGCUUGUUUUUCAGAAGGUAGCAUCCGAGGAUGAAGCACGCAAGGCCCCUCUCCCACCUAUGGGCCAGCCAGGAUUCAAGUGGCCGCACGGGCUCACUCCCCCAAUGCACGAUGCCGUCAACCAGAGAUUCGCAAAAGUUAUUGAGCGGUCAGAAAUCGAGCUCAAAGAGGCAGAGGUUAAGAAGCUGCUUCAAGCUGAUGCUGCUGCCGUGAGUUCACGGUAUGAGUUCAUGGACGACCGACAAAUGCACUCUGAAGAUGAAGGCGACGAAGACGCAGGCUACUCAGAUGAGGAGGAUGCCGACGGCGAGGCCGAUGACAGCGGCUAUUUCCCGGCGUCAGGCUACGCUGGAGGUGCGAUGGUCGAGGAUGAUGACGACGACAUGGCGGCCGACCUUGAGGCUGCACUUGAAAUGGAGAUGAUGAACGACGACGAGCCAGAAGGACAGACACCAGCCACACAACUCGAUGGCGUGACUCCGGGUACAAUGAACUCUGGCACGCCCGCCGGCCGCGCACAGGAAAGUGCAAACGAAGAGGAAGAAGAGGAAGAAGUUAGCGACGAAGACGAUGACAGUGACGUUGACAACGAGGAGCAGACUCGGAUCAAGGGCGUACGCGAGGACAUUGCGGCGCUCAAGAAGAGUAUCGCGCAAACAGAAGCAGAACUUGCACAAAAUGCAGGAAACAAAAUCCUGUCGCGCAGGAUUGAGAGUCGUCUACGGAAUCUCAAGGCCGAAUUGGGGGUCAAGCUUUCUUCCUUACCGCCCGAGGAUGAAGAGGAGGAGGAAGAGGAGUAG